AUUAGGUCAUGAAGUAUGUUGUUUUUCAUUUUCCUCGCAGGAUUGUUGGUGGAUUUGAGGCGCUUACAGCCAUGGAGAAUGUGGAGAGUGAUCCCAAAUCAGACAAACCAAAGUCGGAGAUCAAGAUCAUAACUGCCACUGUGUUUGUGGAUCCGUACGAAGAGGCUGACGCUCAGAUCGCAGCAGAGCGAGCGCAGGAGCUGCAGAAGCAGGAGGACGAGAUGGAGCAGACCAGCAUCGCCCGGAAGAAAGCCAAGGGGGAAGAGGCACCGAAGACCUUCAAAGCGGGUGUGGGGAAAUACAUCAACCCUGCCACAACAAAACGACCGGCUGCUGUAGAUGAAAGCGGGCCGUCCACCAGCGGAGCGGAGCCUAAAAAGUGCAAGGGCAAGACCAACCUCGGAGACUUUAGCUCCUGGUAGCACCGAAACAUUUAGCUUUCACCAGUCUGGAUUCUGACCGGUCGUGUUGAGCGCAACACAAUUAUUGUCAUUUAUACAUUUGUCUCUCUAAAUUUGUCAUGUGAAACCAUUAAAGUUACUUUUUACAAAGAU